UUGAUGAAUUUAAUCAUUAGGUUUUCUUCUAUAAAACCACAAAACUCAGAGCUGAAAACAUCAAAGGGCUGAACACCUGAACCCAGACCAAAACCAGGACCAGAACCAGAACCAGGACCAGAACUGAACUAGACCAGCCAUGGAACGAGCCAUCCUCCUGCUGUCUGUGGUGUCUCUGGGCGUGUCCUCUCAGCCAAUCACAGAUGGCCAGCGUCUGUUCUCCAUCGCUGUCAGCAGAGUCCAACACCUCCACCUGCUUGCCCAGAGACUCUUCUCCGACUUUGAGAGCUCUCUGCAGACGGAGGAGCAGCGGCAGCUCAACAAAAUCUUCCUGCCGGAUAUCUGCAACUCAGAUUACAUCAUCAGCCCGAUCGACAAGCAUGAGACGCAACGGAGCUCUGUGUUGAAGCUGUUAUCCAUCUCUUACCGGCUGGUUGAGUCUUGGGAGUUCCCGAGUCGUUCUCUGUCUGGAGGUUCAGCUCCUCGGAACCAGAUUUCUCCCAAACUGUCCGAACUGAAAACGGGGAUCCUGCUGCUGAUCAAGCAGGCCAAUCAGGACGGAACAGAGCUGUUCCCCGACAGCUCCGCCCUGCAGCUCGCUCCCUACGGGAACUACUACCAGAGUCUGGGAGCCGACGAGUCUCUGAGGAGGACCUACGAGCUGCUGGCCUGCUUCAAGAAGGACAUGCACAAGGUGGAGACCUUCCUGACGGUGGCCAAAUGUCGACUGUCACCAGAAGCCAACUGCACCCUGUAGGCCACGCCCCUGAUGAUGAUGUCAUUCUAAGAGUUGUGUUGCCCACCACCAUGUCAUGUGACUAUACUAACCUGCGUUAGCAUUAGUGUUAGCCUCUGUUCAGCAGAUCCAGUGUUCUCUGUUAUAAUGACAGGAAGUGAUGUCAUUCUGUCAGCGUGUGAAAUAAAGUGUGUGUGUGUUGCAUUCAGACGUGUGUCGUCUUCUUCAAGUUGUUUUCACUCGUAAGACGCUAGAGCGCAGGAGGAAAGGGUUAAAGACAUGACAUCAUGUGGGCUGAGCUAACAGGAUCACCUGAUUAAAUAUUGUGUCUGUAAUACAUCAGAAAAGUGAAUGUUUAGUCCAAAGUCACAUCUGAUUAAUAUCAGAGAAAACAGAAACUUUUUAAUCAAUAAAUGAUUCAAAUCUUUCCUUCAAUAUCACUGUAGAUAUUAAUAACUUUUCAUUUUCUGUUACUGUUUUAAAGACAACAGUUUACGGGUUUUAUUCUGUCUGCUUUCACAGUAAAUAUUAUUCCAUGAGCUUCCAAUCAGACUACAGG